UAGCAAUUCUCAGCAUGUGUGAGAUCAAACUGACGGCAUACGUGUUACUACUGACAUGUUCAAUCCAGCUAUCGCGCGCCAAAACAACCCAGGAGCAAAAAACGAAGUUUCUUGAUAUGCAUAACGAACUUAGAGAGAAAAUACGAAAAUGCACGCUUUCUGGACAGCCUCCAGUUCGCGGAAAUUACGAACUCAUGACUUGGGACGAAGCUGUGGAAGCUCAAGCACAGAAAUGGUCGGAUAAAUGUAUAUUCGGUCAUGGAGAAUCGGAAGGUGUAGGACAAAACGCUGCUUUCGCAAGCAGUGUAGAACAAGCCGUAAAUUUGUGGAUGGCGGAACACGUGGACUAUAAUCUCGAAGCUAACACCUGCACCCAUGGAAAGACCUGCUUGCACUACACGCAGAUGGUUUGGGCUAGUUCAACUCUUCUAGGAUGUGGGGUCACAGAAUGUCCUAAAAACGGAACAACAGUUUUCAUCUGCGACUACAAACCACCCGGCAACUACGAGGGAGCGAGACCUUACGAGGCUGGAACACAAGCAGACUGUGUAACGUCAUCCACCAGCCCGCCGACUAUUACACCAACGACGGCCGGACAGCCAGACGAAGAUGUGACGCCCGAAAGUUCGAUGAACGAAACAUCGGUAACCGAAACUACGUCGGAUUGUGAAAAUCUGUGGCAGAAGAAGACGAUUGUGGUCAUCAAGUACAUUUUAUUCACGCUGGUUCCUGUAUUAACACAAAAGCUCCUUUUCCCACAACAGUAAUGAAAGCGCCUCAAAGUGAACGAAUGUGACCAAAACUGUCUGUUAAGUGUUCUUUCAUAAAACUUUACCUAAACUAUCAAUUGAAGCUAUUCCUCUCUAUGUUUCGUCCAUCCAUUUGUCAGUAUACAACCAAAAC